UCAGUGACUCAGUGGUGUGUGAGCUAGGCGGGCAAGCGAGGCUGCGCGCGGGACACCUCAUUGUUGACGGCACACCCUCUCUCCCUCCCUCUGUCCUUCCCCAAGGGCCUCCCCCCACCCGCUACAGCUGUUUGACAGGGUGUGGCUGACCUGCAUCCUUGUAGAUAAGGAGAUAACAUGGUCUUGGAGCUGAUUAGGGACUGAAUUGAAGCAAGUUAUUGGUGCUACGGCUGCUGCUGCUGCAAGUUUGCCCACGAUGGUUUAGUCGGUGUGAAACAGUCCAAGUUCCAGUAGUAGGGGUCUACAUUGAUUUUUGGAGGGCGAGGGAGAGCGUGCUUACCGCCAAGAACUUGAAUCGAACCGCGUGUGAUCAGUGCCUGUAUGUGUUACAGUGACGGUGCUAAGAAUCGGAUAUAUUUUACUUUUGUGAUAUGAUAGUCUAAGUAUUUUGAUAUCUCGUACUGGAAACUCGGGUAAUACGCACGUGUCACUUCUCGCUACAGAAUACCUAGUGAGUGUCGGUGCGUGCUUGCUUACCUGUGCGCUGUGGUUAUUGCUGUGGUGUAAGUGAAGGCGUGUGGUGCUUGCGGUAGGCAGCCACGCCUGCCCGCGGUGAUUUGUCAUCUUGUAGUGACGCCAGGGAGGCCUAGGCGGCCCGACCUGUGAGGUUUGUGCUCAGCGAGUGGAGUCCGGCACACCCGGCCCGCACGAGGACGCCCCCGCCCAGCAUCGUGGAGGCGUGUUGUGGCAGCCAGGAUCCGCCGACCCGAGUGCCAGUCCGGACUAGUGUCCUAGCGAUGAACGGUGAGACGGCGGGCGAGGGUGGGCGGGUCGUCACGUCGCAGCCCGGAACGUCUUCCUACCUUCGCACGGGGUCCACGCCCACCUCCUACUCCAGCUCGCCCCGGCUGCGGCGCCUCGACGACAUGAAGAAGUCCUACCUAGGUGGAAGCACCGGGGGCUCCACCACCACCUCCACAGGGAGCUACAACUCGACGUUCACCUCGAAGUUCACCACCAGCACGGGGGGCUACCGCCUCGCCUCCCUGGACCGCCUGGCCCAGCGUCAGAAGCUGUACGAGGCCAAUGGCGUGGCCGGCGAGACCAACCCCAAUGUCACGGCGAACAGCGUGCCCGUCGCUGGAGGCAGGGAUAUGCGCGACUCGGCGAAGGAAGCUCCAGUGACCACUGCGGCGUCUGCAGCUCAAAACUCAACGCCCCUGUUGCAGAGCAAGCGCGAGAUGUUCUUCAAGAGUGACGGCAGCAGCGGCGGCGGCUCUGGAGGAGGAGGCGCCCCCCUGGCUGCGCCCUCGACCGCCCCUCCCGCGCCCCCCGUGACAGCGCCCUCGACCGCGCCGCCGCCGCCCCCCAGCGCCAACAGCGCCCCCGCCGCCGCGCCCGCCAACGUCGCCUCCAUCAAGGAACAGCUCCUCACCACCAAGGAGCGGAAAGAACACAAAGAUGAAGAAAACAAAGAGGUUCCUGGCGGCGGCGGAGGCGGAGGGAGGAGAGCGGAGGGUAGCGGCGCCCGCGGGCUUCGAGGAGAGAGAGGAGGAUCCAACAAGCUGGUGAAGGAGCUGGUGAAGGAGAGGCGGCCGCGGGAGGUGGAUGGCUACGUCGGCUUCGCGAACCUGCCCAACCAAGUGUACCGCAAGGCCGUCAAGAAGGGCUUCGAGUUCUCCCUCAUGGUCGUCGGCGAAAGCGGCCUCGGCAAAAGCACGCUAAUCAAUUCCAUGUUCCUGUCUGACAUAUAUUCCAAUGACCACCCGGGACCUUCUCACAGAGUCAAGAAGACGGUGCAGGUCGAGACCACGAAGGUUCUGCUGAAGGAGAACGGCGUUAAUCUGAUGCUAACGGUAGUCGACACACCUGGGUUUGGCGACGCCGUGGACAAUAGCGAUUGCUGGCAACCAGUAAUACAGUAUGUGGAAUCGAAAUAUGAAGAAUAUCUGAAUUGCGAGUCUAGGGUUAACAGAACACAGAUUAGUGACAGCAGGGUACACUGUUGCCUGUACUACAUUGCUCCCUCUGGUCAUGGUCUAAAACCCCUGGAUGUGGAGUUCAUGAAGCGUCUCCAUGACAAGGUCAACAUCAUUCCUGUCAUAGCCAAAGCAGACACUCUCACACCUGAUGAAUGUCAGCAUUUGAAGAAGCAGAUACUCAACGAAAUAGCUCAGCAUAAGAUUAAGAUCUAUGAGUUCCCAGAGGACGAGUCAGACCCUACAUCAAUCAAGAUGAAACAACGUGUGCCAUUCGCUGUCGUCGGGUCCAACACAACAGUUGAAGUUGACGGAAAGAAACUAAGGGGUCGCAGAUAUCCAUGGGGAGUUGUAGAAGUGGAAAACAUGGAACAUUGCGACUUCAUUCCCCUCCGCAACAUGCUGAUUCGGACUCACAUGCAGGACCUCAAGGAUGUCACCAACAAUGUACAUUAUGAGAACUAUAGGUGUCGUAAAUUAGCAGGUAUCGGAGGAACAGAUGGAAAGAUCAAGAUAACAAACAAGAACCCACUGGCGCAGAUGGAGGAGGAAAAGAACGAGCACACCAACCGCAUGAAGAAGAUGGAGGCAGAGAUGGAACAGGUCUUCGAGAUGAAGGUCAAGGAGAAAAUGGGAAAACUGAAUGAGCUAGAGCAAGAUCUACAAAAACGUAAUGAGACUAUGCGCAAGAAGCUCGAGUCAGAUACCUUAGAAUUAGAAGAAGAACGGGAACGAUUUGAGCGAGAGAAGAAGGCCUGGGAAGCUGCCAAUAACAUCACCGUGGAGGAACUGCACCGGAAGUCUUUAGAAUCCAUCAGUAGAGAGACCUCUUCUCUGGCGUCAUCCAGCAGUGCUUCGGGAAGUUCUCAAAAGAGCUCCCCUAAGUUCUCUCGUACCUACUCUCUUCCCAGACAUAAAUUCAAACAGAAUGAGCAGUGUAACCAGCAGUAGUGGGGCAAGAUACCU